GGCGGAUGGGCGGGCUGUCGGUGCGCCAUGGAGACGUCAGGUGUUUGCCUUUCGUCGUCAGGCGCUCCCGCUCCCUGCGCUUGUGUGAACUGCCGGAGGAGGAAAUAAGUGCACCUAUAACAGCAAAAUUUAACCAGCUAUGGAGUUAGCUCACAGUUUGUUAUUAAACGAAGAGGCUUUGGCCCAAAUCACAGAAGCAAAACGUCCAGUUUUCAUCUUCGAAUGGCUGCGGUUUCUUGACAAAGUCCUAGUAGCUGCUAACAAGAUAGAUGUAAAAGAAAAGCAAAAAAAGCUUGUUGAACAGCUGACUGGACUUAUUAACAGUUCUCCUGGACCACCCACCCGAAAAUUACUUGCUAAAAAUCUUGCAGCUCUGUACAGCAUUGGAGACACAUUUACUGUAUUUCAGACUCUGGAUAAGUGCAAUGAUAUUAUCAAAAGUAAAGAUGAUACUUCUGCCUAUCUACCAACCAAGCUUACUGCAGUGGCAUGUGUCGGAGCCUUUUAUGAAAAAAUGGGGAGAAUGCUGGGUAGUUCUUUUCCAGAAACAGUUAACAAUUUGUUAAAAUCUUUGAAAAGUGCUGAGUCACAGGGCCGGAGUGAAAUAUUAAUGAGCUUACAGAAAGUCUUAAGUGGGCUGGGCGGUGCAGCAGCUUCUUGCCAUCGCGAUAUUUAUAAGAAUGCACGGUCUCUGCUUACGGACAGAGCUAUGGCUGUACGAUGUGCAGUAGCUAAGUGCUUACUGGAACUGCAAAAUGAAGCUGUGUUUAUGUGGACAGCAGAAUUAGAAAAUGUAGCAACUCUUUGUUUUAAGGCUCUAGAAAAUUCAAACUACGGUGUACGAGUUGAAGUAUCUAAGCUUUUGGGGACAGUUAUGGCUACAGCAUUGAUGCCAAAGCAAGCAGCAGUGAUGCGCCAGAAUGUGAAGCGAGCUACAUUGGAAGAGGUCUUAGAACUCAUGGCCACUGGCUUUCUGCGGGGAGGAUCAGGAUUCUUAAAAAGUGGCGGUGAAAUGUUAAAAGUAGGAGGAUCUGUCAAUAGAGAAGUGCGAGUUGGAGUUACUCAGGCCUACGUUGUCUUCGUCACAACACUGGGCGGUCAAUGGCUGGAACGGAAUUUUGCCACUUUCUUGUCCCAUGUUCUGGAUCUGGUUUCCCAUCCCCGUGCAACUCAGACUCAUGUAGAAGCUGUGUACUCUCGAAGAUGUGUCUCAUUUAUUCUUAGAGCAACUGUAGGAAGUUUAUUGGGGGAGAAGGCACAGAUAGCUGCUGCCAAAGAUAUCUGCCAGGCUAUUGGUAAACAGAUGAAAACAGUAGAAGCAGUUGUGAAUGAUGCUAAUAUUGAAAAUAAAUCUGGAUCAGCUGAUGUUGCUGCAAGCCAGCAUGUGAUGGUUUGUGCCCUUCAGGAACUUGGGAGUCUGGUUCAGAGCCUGAAUGCCACUGCAUCACCUCUUAUUCAAGAACCUUCUAUAGGAUUGCUUGAAACUGUUACUUCAGUUCUUUUACAUCCCAGUAUGGCCGCUCGACUUGCUGCUGCAUGGUGUUUGCGUUGUGUAGCUGUGGCCUUACCUUUCCAGUUGACUCCUUUUUUGGACCGGUGUGCAGAAAGGCUCAACAACUUGAAGACCUCACCCGAAGCUGUUAGUGGUUACAGUUUUGCAAUGGCAGCUUUGUUAGGUGGCGUUCAUCAAUGUCCUUUAGGUAUUCCUCAUGCAAAAGGAAAGAUGGUUGUUAGCAUUGCUGAGGAUCUUCUACGAACUGCGGCACAGAAUAGCAGAUUGUCUUUACAGAGAACCCAGGCUGGAUGGCUUUUACUUGGUGCUCUGAUGACUUUAGGGCCUUCAGUUGUUCGUUAUCAUCUUCCCAAGAUGUUGCUGCUGUGGCGAAAUGUGUUUCCCCGUUCUCUAAAGGAACUGGAAGCGGAGAAAGCUCGUGGAGAUUCCUUUACAUGGCAAGUGACACUGGAAGGACGUGCAGGAGCUCUCUGUGCUAUGAGGAGUUUUGUUGCUCACUGCCCUGAGCUUUUAACAGAAGAUGUUAUUCGAAAACUGAUGACCCCUAUUGAAUGUGCUAUGACAAUGAUGUCUCACAUUCCCUCUGUAAUUAAGGCCCAUGGAGCUCAUCUGAAAGCUAGUGCGGCAAUGGUCCGAUUGAGACUUUAUGACAUUUUGGCUUUGCUACCACCAAAAACAUAUGAAGGAUCAUUUAAUGCGCUUCUUCGGGAGCUAGUGGCAGAAUUUACUUUGACAGACAACUCUGCCAAUACAACAACAUCCCUGCUUAGAUCACUUUGCCAUUAUGAUGAUAGUGUUCUUCUUGGCUCCUGGCUACAAGAAACAGACCAUAAAUCAAUUGAAGAUCAGCUCCAGCCAAACAGUGCCUCUGGAAGUGGUGCUCUAGAACAUGACCCAUCUUCCAUUUACUUGCGCAUCCCUGCUGGUGAAGCUGUGCCUGGACCUCUUCCUUUGGGAGUAUCAGUCAUUGAUGCCUCAGUUGCUCUCUUUGGAGUCGUAUUUCCUCAUGUUUCCUACAAACACAGGCUACAAAUGCUGGAUCAUUUUGCAGAGUGUGUCAAGCAAGCAAAAGGUGUUCGUCAACAAGCUGUGCAGCUUAAUAUUUUCACUGCUGUUCUCAGUGCAUUAAAGGGGUUGGCUGAGAAUAAAAGUACUUUAGGACCCGAAGAAGUUCGUAAAUCUGCCUUGACCUUAGUUAUGGGGGCUCUUGACAAUCCUAAUCCCAUUCUGAGAUGUGCAGCAGGCGAAGCUCUUGGCAGAAUGGCACAGGUGGUUGGAGAAGCAACUUUCAUUGCCAGAAUGGCACAGUACAGUUUUGACAAAUUAAAAUCCGCUAGAGAUGUUGUAUCAAGAACAGGACAUUCCUUGGCUCUUGGCUGUCUUCAUCGCUACGUUGGUGGAAUAGGUUCUGGGCAGCACUUGAAAACCAGUGUCAGCAUUCUGCUAGCCCUGGCCCAGGAUGGAACCUCUCCUGAAGUUCAGACAUGGUCUCUCCACUCACUUGCUUUAAUAGUGGAUUCUAGUGGACCAAUGUAUCGUGGCUAUGUGGAGCCCACACUGUCCUUGGUUCUCACCUUACUUCUGACGGUGCCUCCAUCACACACAGAAGUACAUCAGUGUUUGGGUCGAUGUCUAGGAGCUAUAAUAACAACAGUUGGUCCUGAGCUGCAAGGUAAUGGAGCCACUGUUUCUACCAUCCGAUCCUCAUGUCUGGUGGGAUGUGCAAUUACACAAGAUCAUUCAGACUCUCUGGUUCAGGCAGCUGCCAUUUCCUGCCUCCAGCAGCUUCAUAUGUUUGCACCACGACAUGUUAACCUUUCCAGUCUUGUUCCCAGUCUUUGUGUUCAUCUGUGUAGCUCCCAUCUGCUGCUUCGGCGGGCUGCAGUAGCAUGCCUGAGACAGCUUGCUCAGAGAGAAGCUGCAGAAGUAUGUGAAUAUGCCAUGAGCUUGGCAAAAAAUUCAGGUGAUAAAGAAAAUAAUGGCACAAAUACCAAUCCUUUUGCUCCAGGACUUGGCUCCCGGAGGGAUAUUAAUGGGCGACAUCAGGGAAUUAAUAUCACAGAGACAGGACUUGAGGGAGUUCUUUUUGGGAUGCUUGACCGGGAGACAGAUCGGAAAUUGUGCUCUGAUAUUCAUGAUACACUGGGACAUAUGCUUUCAUCCCUGGCAGUGGAAAAACUGUCUCACUGGCUAAUGUUAUGCAAAGAUGUCCUUGCUGCAUCCAGUGAUAUGACCACUACAGCUCCACUGGGAGGUGAAAAAGAUGAAGACUCAGAGAAGAAAGAUGAAAUGGAUGAUGAUACAAUGUUUACAACACUGGGUGAAGAAGACAAAUCAAAGCCUUCUGUGGCCCCUCGCUGGGCUACUCGAGUGUUUGCUGCUGAUUGCCUGUGUCGAAUUAUCAUGCUCUGUGAAAAUGCAGAUAAAGCCCACUUUGAUCUAGCUCUGGCCCGUUCAGCAAAACUCAGGAACCCUAAAAAUGACCUUCUAGUGCUGCAUCUCUCUGAUCUAAUUCGGAUGGCAUUUAUGGCUGCAACUGACCAUAGCAACCAGUUGCGCAAGGCUGGCCUUCAAGCGCUUGAAGAUAUUAUCAAGAAAUUUGCAGCAGUUCCGGAACCAGAAUUCCCAGGCCAUGUGAUUCUAGAACAGUAUCAGGCUAAUGUUGGAGCUGCUUUAAGGCCAGCUUUCUCACAGGAUACCCCUUCAGAUAUAACAGCAAAAGCUUGCCAGGUGUGUAGCACCUGGAUAGGAAGUGGAGUUGUAAGCGACCUUAAUGAUCUUCGCCGUGUUCACAAUCUCCUUGUCUCUUCUCUGGACAAAGUACAAACAGGAAAAGGGUCUUCAAGUCAGCUUUACAGAGAAAGUGCCACUACUAUGGAAAAAUUGGCAGUACUCAAAGCAUGGGCUGAGGUGUAUGUUGUAGCCAUGAAGAUUAAGAAGGAAGCAGAGAGUAAACCGAAAAAACCUGUUAAGAACGGAGGUGAUGACGACGACGAUGAUUAUAGUGCAGUAGAUGAGCUGCCACCAGACAGCUUAAUAACACUAGUGCAACCAGAGCUGCCCACCCUUAGUCGCCUCUGGUUAGCUGCACUUAAAGACUAUGCACUUCUGACUUUACCAGCAGAAUUUUCAAGUCAGCUUCCUCCAGAUGGUGGAGCAUUCUACACUCCAGAGACAAUUGAUACAGCUAGACUGCAUUACCGGAACUCAUGGGCUCCAAUUUUACAUGCAGUUGCACUUUGGCUGAACAGUACAGGAUUUAAUGCCUCUGAAAUAACGGAAGAUGCAUCAGCAACAAUAACUAAUCCACAGAAUCGUGCCACGUCCAUUAUGUUAAACCCAGCACCUGGAACACCACCUUCAACUAAAUCGUUGCAGGAAAUAAACAAAGAUAGAAUGCACUUGAUUUUGGGUGUUAGUAUACAAUUCCUCUGUUAUCCUCGAACAGAAGAGCCUGUUGAACAUGUUACAUCCUGUUUACAAGCACUACAUACUUUACUGGAUUCUCUUUGUGCUAGAACCCACAUUGCAGAGGAUCAGCUCCUUGGUGUUGAACUUCUAAGUGUACUGCAUCGACUCUUGUUGACCUGCAAUCCUCCUUCAGUCCAACUGCUAGUUACAGGUGUUGUGCAGCAGAUUAUAAGAGCUGCUCAAGAUCAUCUGCAAGAAAAAAGAAACACUUUGAAUGAAGAAGAUGUAAAAGAAAAAGAUAGUAGCACUAUAUUGGGUGAAGGAGGAGAAAGUGGAGGUCUUGUGCCAGGCAAAUCUCUUGUUUUUGCUGCCAUGGAGCUACUAAUGUUCAUCUUGGUACGACACAUGCCACAUCUGAGCACAAAAAUGGCAGAUUCUCCAAGUCAUAUCUCUAGCAGAACCCAGCUCCCAGAAGAAAGUGCUCAGCUUGUGGCUGCCACUGUUUCCAUUCUGUCUGACCUGCCCACUCUCUGCUCCCCAGCAGGUUGCAUGACUAUCUUGCCCACAAUCUUGUUUCUAAUAACACAAGUCUUGAAGGAUACUGCUGUGAAAAUGACGGGAAAUCAGGUGUCACCACCAGUCACUGCAGCACUUCAGGGACUGAAAAACAUUGUUACUCUCACAAUGACCACGAGUGAAGAAAUUCACAAACAGUGGACAAAUCUUAUCCGUAGCACCUUGGCCACCAUAUUAGAAUACUCUCAGCCAGAGGCUUCAAAGCCUACCUUAGAUGAAGUAAGCAUGCUGACAGCUAUUGCACUCUUCCUUUGGUCUGCAAGCACAGAGAUAAUUGGAGUGCAGUCAUUACAGAAUGGCUGCAUAAACAGAUUCAAAGCAGCACUGAACUCGUCUGAUCCUUGGGUUCAGGCCAAAUGCUACCAGCUACUACUUUCUGUAUUCCAACACUCGAAUCGUGCCCUCUCAACGCCAUAUAUCCAUUCACUUGCACCAAUAAUGGUUGAGAAACUGAAAAGUGUAGAGAAGAACCAGCCUAGCAACAAAACUGAACUUCUGGCAAUCCAAGAAGGAAUUAAAGUUCUAGAAACAUUGGUUGCUCUUGGUGAAGAGCAGAACAGGGUCCAUUUGCUUGCUCUUCUUGUUCCUACUCUCAUAUCUUAUUUACUGAAUGAAAAUGCUUUCUCUUCUGCAUCCGUGAUAUCAAAAGAACUUCAUGAGUUUGCCCUCCAAGACCUAACACGCAUUGGACCACUUUAUCCUCAUGCGUUCAAGACAGUAAUGGGAGCAGCUCCUGAUCUGAAAACACGGCUGGAAACUGCAGUGCGAGCAAGUCAGGCAAGCAAAGCAAAAGCAGCUGCCAGGCAACCACCACCUACAAUACAUUCCACUCCAACAAUUAAACUAAAAACAAGCUUUUUUUGAUUUAUUCCUUAUGAAACCAAUCAUAAAACUGAUCAUUAGGAAAUACAUCGUUCUUUUUGUGUUGCUAUAGAACACUCUGUCUUUUUCAUUGUAUCAAAGGCUGCUCACUGGAGGUUUCUGUUCCUAGCUGUUAUGACUGGAAGUCUGUGCAUUGUAAAGGAAGUAAUGUUACAUUGAUUUUUAUGAAAUGGAAGAAAUUUGAUCAUGAACCUCAUUCUGUGUUAAACUGUCUCUUGUAACAUAGUGUUUUUUGUGUGACAUUUGUCUUUAUUUUGAGAAUGCUAGGAAUGUAAUUCUGAAAGGUUACCAAUUAGGCAAGGUCAGUGACAUAAGUGAUGAGGAAAGUAAUAAACCAUAUUCAUUGCUGUUUAUCACUUGAAAUACCAAGUGGAGUUAUGGAUAUAUGUACUGAAAAAAGAAGAAAAGGCAUCGAAAUGAAGAUUUUUCGUAUUUAAAAGAAAGAACUGUGGGCUGUAGCCUUAUAGCUAUUUUAGUUUGUUGCAAGAAAAAAUCACUUGAGUUGUGAUUCUAGCCUGUUGGCAUUUUCAGCACUGAUCAUGGACAGUCUUCCAUAUCACACACUAAAGAAAUGUUUUUGGAUUAAUUUCUAUACAUUCCAAAACUCUUUUAUGAAAGAUGAGCCAUAUUUGGACUGAAUCUACAGAAAUUCUCUAUGCUUGAAUUCAGUAUCCUGGUUUUUCAAAUAAUCUGUAUUGCUCAGCUUGGAGAAUGGGAUCUAGAACACUUGCGCCUUGCAACCACUUGAAGUUAAGAAACUGACCAUAUAUUUUCUUUUCGGCUGAUAUGCUUUGCCAAAGCCAGAAAAUAUAUUACUAGACUAUAGAGAUGGGGAUAUCCGUAUUCAUAUACAAAUACAAAUAUCCCCAUCUCUACUGGACUGAAUGUAGAGGUAGCCUUCAAUGAGCAGAAGGGAUUUUCCUAUUUUGGCAGAAGACAUUUGGACAUGAAAAGACAGAUAGAAUCCAAAGUUAUUCCUCUCUAUACAUACAGCAUUACACAGUCUUUUACACAUUGUCUUACAGUGUCUUAAAACAGUUCAUGAAACAGUACCAGGGGCACAGCAUUAUCUGUGGAUCCAACCCAGUAAAUUUAGGAUAUGGUUACAGCUGUGAUCAGUCACUGCUUUCUCUAAAACAAAGGAAUGCUAAAGUAGGAUCCCAAAAUCCAGCACUAUUUACCAGAAUGCUACUAUAUUUAGGGCAGAUAUGACUUUAUUUGGUUCUAUUUUAAACCAAGAACUGACUAGAUAGCUCAGUGAGUUAGGUAUCUGGCUACGGAACCACAGCUUGGGUGUUCUAUCCCCCAUUGUGUGUUGUACAAGAAUCAGGCUGUGCAGUCAUGUGCAAACUGCACACUUUCGGAGAGCUCCCAGAGAAUGGAAAGGUACUUUUCAGUACUCUGUAACUAGAAGACCCUGAAAGGGGUCAGAAUAUACUUGACUGCAUGUAAUUAUUAUUAUAUUAUUUUAAUUAUAAUUAAAUGAGAAAAAUAGUGUACUAUUUAGUAGAAACCAGUAGGAAUUAUAAUGUUUGUGCUUCAUUUUACACAAAACACACUGGCAAUUUAUCUGGAAGAGAGUAACAACUGCAUCAAUUAAGCAGAUAUGUUUGGAUGAUGGGACAUACUUUUUUGUCUUCACAUAAUUCAAGAAAUGGACUAGCAACAAUUAAGGCUGUGUUUUUGAACAGGAUCUGCUGAUUCACAAAGGAACAUGUUUUCUUUUGAUAAAAUAUGAACACUAGGCCUGUGGUCUGGGCUUCCACAAUUUCAUUUGAUCUUAAGACAGAAACUUUCAUGCUACUAGUUAAGAACUGUCUGGCAUGCAAUCCUCACAAUUUAUGUAAGACCAGCCUCUAACAUAUGGAUUUUUCUGAAGGGUAGGGCUGUUUUGUAGUCAUAAAUUCCUCAACUGUUUGUAAUAAUGAUAUGGGAGUUACUGAACUGUCUUUUAAAACUGGUUGAACAAGCUUCUGUUUUUAUGGGCAGUUUUGUAAUGCUAACUUAAAAUUCCUUCUCAAAAUGUCUUAAUUCCUGACAAUCUAAAGUAAAAUCCUGCCCACUCCUACAAACUAGCCAAGUAUUCCACUGUCAGACUUUAAAUAUGCUUACAGGAUACUUUGCAAAUGUAAAGUUUUGGGUCAACAAAUGAGGGAACAAAUAGUGCUGGCAUGAAGACAGGUUGUAAUCUAAUUAUAUGAGAUAGAGCUACAUCCAGGCUUAGCAAAGAAUGCAUGCAGGAGAUGGGACUGGAUGUGCUUGUCACAGCAAAUCUUAAUGCCAGAAUAGUUUCCUGGAAGGAUAGUGGUUCAUGACAGUGUGGGUGUAGGUCUGUGUGUGUUGCCCUUAACUGUUUCUGGCAUAUAGCUUUGUUCUAUUUCCUCUGUUUAUAGAAGUCAUGGGUAAGAAAAGUCUUAUUGAUUGGCAGCUGUUUAAAGAACAAAAAUCAGAACAUGGGACUAUAUGGCCAGUGUUUAUAAUAAAGGCAUAUAAACAGUGA